CAGGUCAUGUGAUCGCAUAAAUAACAUUUCAUUUUAUUUUAUUUUAUUGACAGGUUCAGGACGCCACGUGGGAUUGUGUUGAAAGCACACGGGUCACGUGAUCCUGAAUCCGGAAGCGGGAAUCAAAUCGGACGUCUAAUCUAAACAGAGAGGAGCUUCAGUGAAGCGGAUUAGAGGAGCAUCAGAUAAAUAGGACGCUGAUGUCGUGUUGUAGAGGCUCAUUUUGUUUGCUAUUUGGAACCUCUUUCUAAGCGAAGUCAGUUAAUCUGAUCUCUAUUAAGCCACGAUGACUCCCACGCUGAGUCUCAUUGGAGCCGUUUUCGUGGCUCAUAUUGUGUGUGUGAGCAGCUCGACUGAAACCCUCGACCCAAAUUUAGUCAAAGCGGCCAAUUUUGCCAUCGAGUAUCAUAAUCGCAUGAUGAACUAUCCUUAUGCGUAUAAAGUCGUGGAGAUCCUGUCUAACUCUGCACAGAUCUACCCUCCUGCCCGGGUGAAGUACUCCAUAGAAGUACAAGCGGCUCAGACGACCUGCAGAAACGACGGCGGCGUGAACCUGGAGGACUGCAGUGUUGCAGCUAACGCACAGACGAUGAUCUGCAAAUUCGUGGUUCUGUCAGUUCCAGGAGAGAUCGAUGUUUCUCAAUAUGUUCUGUUACAGCAAUGUGACUGACACGUUACUCUUCAGAUUCUUCAAGUCUUCCGCACAAUAGCUGUUUAAGCAUCUAGAAGGAGCUCCAUAUGAAACCACACACUAUGCUGUAGGAAAAUAAUCAACAACCAGGUGACGUAAUACAUCUCAGAAUGAAGCGUCACUGUCUCCACCCUGUAGUCGAUUAUUUUCCUAUUAAAGCAUGUCCUGAAGUGAUUUUUUCUUAUACCACAGCAGGUUGCAAUUUUAUUCAUAAAAAAAAAUAAUAAUCCACUUAUAGUUACUGUUAAUGCAAUGGAACGAUUGAAACGCGUCACUUCCUGUUAUGGCUUUAGUUACAGCAGCUGUAAUAGACUCGUCUGUUCUGAAGACUUGAACGUCUCCUCAUAGAUUUUGAAUAUGUUUAUGAUCAUUGUUUUGAUCUCCAUAUGGCAUUUUUGUAAGCCGUUACCGUAGUAAUGUUAGUUAGUAAUGCAGGACUGUAAAUGACCAUUUAUCAGGUGAUUAUGUAUCAUUACUGCUAAGAUAAAUUAUUGAAUGUCAGCUGUUAAAGCAUGCAAUAAAUCUACUAUGAAUCAGUGAA